ACCCAGGACCUCCCUUCUCUAGGCCUGACUCUCAAUCCACUGAGCUACCCAGCUUCCCCCUCUUCCUCCUAUUUCUAAGUGGACAAUAAAUCAAAAUUUCAGAGUGAUCUCUUACCUCCAUACCCUGAGCUUAUAAGUUCACCUGUCUACCCCAACUCCUUCUUCUUCUAGGACCACUCAGUGAGCAUUCUGGGGGUGGCAUCCACCAUGGCCCACGAGCUGGGGCAUAGCCUUGGCCUGGCACAUGACCCCCCAGGAGGCAACUGCCCAUGCCCAGGCCAGCCCCCUGCCAAGAGCUGUAUCAUGGAGGCUGCCACAGCGUUCCUGCCUGGUCUGAGCUUCAGUACCUGUAGCAAAGAGGCUUUGGAAAAGGCACUUCUGAGGGGAGCAGGCAGCUGCCUCUUUUCUCGGCCGCCACAGCUGGCCCCUCGUCCUCCUAGAUGUGGGAACUUAUUUGUGGAGCCUGGAGAGCAGUGUGACUGUGGCUUCUGGGAGGAAUGCUCAGAUCCCUGCUGUAAUGCCUCCAGCUGCCAGCUGAUGCCUGGAGCUCACUGUGCUUCAGAUGGUCUCUGCUGUCAAGACUGCCAGUUUCGCCCCGUGGGAUGGCUAUGCCGCCCAGCACGGGGAGACUGUGAUCUGCCUGAGUUCUGCUCAGGGGACAGCGGCCAAUGCCCCUCGGAUGUCAGCCUGGGGGAUGGUGAGCCCUGUGCAGGGGGCAAAGCUGUCUGUGCUGCUGGGCACUGUGCCUCUUAUGUUGCCCAGUGCCAGGCACUAUGGGGUCCUGGUGCCCGUCCUGCAACCCCUCUCUGUCUCCAAGCUGCCAACACUCGAGGAGAUAACUUUGGGAACUGUGGGAAACAGAACAAUGGCAGUUAUGUGCCCUGUGCCCCUCGAGAUGCCAGCUGUGGGCAACUCCAGUGCCAAGGUGGUGGUGCCCACCCCCUAUUGGGCACUGCUCAGGAUACACUCACAGAGACGGUUGAGGUCAACGGAACACGCCAGACCUGCCGAUGGACACACCUAGACUUGGGCAGUGAUGUGGCCCAGCCCUUUCUGGCCCUGAUGGGCACUACUUGUGCUCCUGGCCAGGUGUGCAUUGACCAGCGGUGCCAGCCGGCGGGCCUUCUUGGGGCAGAGAAGUGUCGGAAUAAGUGCCAUGGGCAUGGGGUCUGCAAUAGCAAUGGGCAUUGCCACUGUGACCAGGGCUGGGCACCACCUGAUUGCUCAAACCAAGGCUUUGGGGGCAGUGUGGACAGUGGGGCUCUAGGCCAGAAGCCUAAAGCCAGUGGUGGCCUGACUACAGCACUGCUCCUCAGUCUCCUCCUCCUGGCACUACUGAUGCUUCUUGGUGCUUGCUAUUGGCACCGCACCCACCUACGAAGGAGACUCUGCCAGUUCAAAGGGACCAGUUCCCAGUAUAGGGACACAGCAGAAGCCCAAGUUCGAUUUCUCCAUGGGGGUGUCUGUGCCAAUGGUUACAGGGCAUCCCCAUCUGGUCCCCCUGAGCGUCCAGGGCCACCUCAGAGGACCCAGGCAACAGAACUCCACCUGAUGCCCAGCACCAAGUCUGGCGCUCUUGGUCAUCCUGACCCCCCUUCCCGGCCGCUACCGCCGGACCCUGUGCCUAAGAGAAUACAGGCUGCACUGACUGACCGGCCCAACCCCCCCACCCGCCCGCUACCUGCCGACCCAGUGGUGAGGAGCCCACAGUCUCAGGGACCUGUUAAACCCCCACCUCCAAGGAAGCCGUUGCCCUCCUACCCCCAGGGACGGCUCCUCUCCAGCGAAGGACCCUCAGAAGAAAGUUUCGUGCCCCUGGGCGUGCCUUCUAGACCCGCGCCUCCGCCUCCCACGGCCUCUGGGGCAGCUCUCCGAGUCUGACUUCAUCCUGGGACGGUGAGAUCACUGAGAAGUCACUGUGGGCCUUCAUUUCGCCGGCAUCCAACUUCAGGAGCCUGUGGAUACUGGAGACCUAUCUGUUCUGCUAGGACUGAGGAGCCUCGAGCCCAGAAGCGGAGGAGAAGCAUUCUUAUGGCACUAUUAGGGUUCCUGAAGGCUAAGCACGAGAUGGAACCCAGCACUGUUGACUCUGGGAUGGGGGGAAGGCAGGGAGAAGAACCAGGUAUAGAGGGGGUGGGAGUGGGCCGGUGCUGCUAGGGCUCAGCUGCAAUAAACUGAGACCUGGAAGCGC